CUCGGAGGACUUUACUUCCCCAGAGAGUGGAGACACUCAGCUUGGAACUGAAGAGUCCGAGGGCUGACCCCAAGAAAGCUGAGCCUAGGCUCAUAUGCCAGGGUCAUAGGCCCGAUUGGGCAAGAGCGGAGAUCGGCCCCUCUGAUCCUGAUCAGAGAUAUUUGGAGACACCAGUGAUUCUGGGAAAUGCAGAGGCAGGAAGUGAAAGGGGGGUGGGGCAGAGGGGAAACAGCAACAUGCACCCUGCCCCUCCUGGCCUUCUCCCCCCUAAACUGGGCCUCGAGGAGUGAUGUGACUGAGAUGAGGAUGAGGAUGAGGGACAGACCGGGAGACUCCCCAGUCCCUGGGAAGGAAAGAAGAGGCAACCCAUCCCCCGCUCCCACCCCCCGCACGCCCUCUGAGUUCCAAAUCCAUUUCUACCUCUGUUUACGUCCAAAGUCCUGGGCAUUGGAGAUGCCAAGUUUGGUGUGUUUGGACACAUAGACACUCAGACGCACAGACACACAGACAUACAGGGCUCAGGGCCCUCGAAGGGACCCUGCCCCCUCCCCCCGACCAUCCAGGGCUGUCUGCACACCCUAAUCCUCCAGCCUUCGGCCUGUCUCUUAGCCUGGGAUCUGCACAGCAUUGAGGGACCUAGGAGUCAACCUCAAGACAUUCAGCAAGUCCAGCUGGCCCUACCAUGACAAAGGAAUAUCAAGAUCUUCAGCAUCUGGACAACGAGGAGAAUGACCAUCAACACAGAAAAGGGCCGCCUCCUCCCCAGUCACUCUUUCGCCGUCUCUGCUCGGGACCCCGCCUGCUCCUGCUCUCCAUGGGCCUUAGCCUCCUGCUGCUGGUGGUUGUCUGUGUGAUCGGAUCCCAAAACUCCAAGCUGCAGGAGGAGCUGCGGGCCCUUAGAGAGACGUUCAGCAAUCUCACAGUGAGCACGGAUGCCCAGGUCAAGGCCUUGAGCAUCCAGGGAGGAAAUGUGGGGAAAAAGAUGAAGUCCCUGGAGUCCCAGCUGGAGAAACAGCAGCAGGACCUGAGUGAAGAUCACUCCAGCUUGCUGCUCCACGUGAAACAGUUUGUGGCUGACCUGCGAAGCCUGAGCUGUCAGAUGGCUGUCCUCCAGGGCAACGGCUCCGAAGGGACCUGCUGCCCAGUUAACUGGAUGGAUUAUGAAGGCAGCUGCUACUGGUUCUCUCGCUCUGGGAAGCCCUGGCCUGAGGCUGCGAAGUACUGCGAGCUGGAGAGCGCUCACCUGGUGGUGGUCGGCUCCUGGGAGGAGCAGAAAUUUAUCCAGCACCACAUGGGCCCCGUGAACACCUGGAUGGGCCUCACCGACCAAAACGGGCCCUGGAAAUGGGUAGACGGGACGGACUACGAGACGGGCUUCAAGAACUGGAGACCAGAGCAGCCGGACGACUGGUACGGGCACGGGCUCGGGGGAGGCGAGGACUGUGCGCACUUCACCGACGACGGCCGCUGGAACGAUGACGUCUGCCAGAGGCCCUACCGCUGGGUCUGCGAGACAAAGCGGGGCAGGGACAGCUAGCACCCCCCUCUCCCCCUAAUUUAUUUCCGCAAAGCCUUUAACUGCCAUAGGGGUCCUGGCUUGGGGACCCUCCUAUGGGGGGCCUCCUCCACUUUCUGGGGGAUUUUCAUCUAAGAUUUCGAGGGAAGGGAAAGGGUGGUGUCUGAGGCAAGGAGAAUAAUGUUUGGAGGGGCGGAAAUAUCGAAACCACGCCACUUUCUGUAGUUUGCAGGUUGUUAUUGUCGACUUUUUUUUUUUUUUUUUUUUUUUUUAGAGUAAAAAGAAGAGAAAUACAC